GUCUACAUGUAUUUAAAGGGACGUUUUACAUGAUACUUUUUAGAGUUGUCUUCCGUCUUGUACUGACUUAUCAACAAUCUUAUGAACAUGGAAAGUUGUCGGGGUGCCAAAGGCCUGUUGUUGCUGACGAUUGUUACAGGUUUAGUCCUCACGACUUUUGCUGUAAGAGGAGAAGAAUUUUCUUCUUUUUUUGACUCACCAUCGGCAGUGUGUGCCGUCAGACCCGGUGGUAAUUUUAGUGCGACUGAGAACCAGGAAACAUUGAACUUUACUUGGACCGAUCUUCCCGGCUACAGUAUCACGGUCAAAGAAUGGGUCGCCAUCAAACAAAAUUGCUCUAUGACCGUAUACGUACAAGUUGAUCAAUUUAUCCCAGUUGACCCAGGUUUGUUUGAAACAGUCUGUAAUUACACUUCCCCAAGUCAUCCAGGUCAUCUUGCGCUUCCAUUUAAACUAUUAAAGGGAAGCUCAGUUAGCCCACCUCAGAAUGCGUCGAACUAUCCGUUCCCUGUGAGUUUGUGGGGGUCAAGAAACGCGAUCUUUGAAAUAACAGUUCCCGUUUUUGGAGUCAACACAUUCGUGGACUGCCCCGUCAAAUUAGGAUUUACAGCUUUGAGGGGAGCAUUUAAGACUCAUGUUCUAGGGUGUCCUGAGAACAAAUACGGAAGAUACUGCAACAAGAAUUGUCCUCGGUGCAGUAUCGGUGGUUAUUGUCAUACAUUCUACGGAGGUUGUGUGUGUCUCAAGGGAUGGAGUGGCGCAACAUGUGACAGAGUGACGCCAAUGUUAGAGGUCACAUCGUCGGCAAACGGUGCUGUUAAACAGAAGGAACGCAUCCAAUUUAAUUGUAACAUUUUCCCAUCUUCUCUUGAGACUAAUACAACCAUUAGGUGGUUGAUGAAUAGUCAAAACAUGUCUGAUGAUGCAUUCGUUAUCCACAAAACGGGUAACAGGUCUAUAAUUUUCCCAAAGGGAAUACACACAACAGGAGAUCAGAAUGUCACAUGCAUUGCUUCAACCACUUCUGGACAGAUACUGUCUACAACAUACGUCGUUUACGUGGAAGGACACGAGACAACAACUGAAGCAAACACAGUGUUGCCAACGAGUGAUGAUGUCGCGACAAAUGAUGGUGUUGUGCCGGCAGAGCCAGAAGGUGGCACUAGUACUGGCCAGGAAGAGCCAAAUUAUGGAGUUCGUCAGCAGAACAACGACGUACCGGUACUGAUCACAUUUGCGAUGAUUGCAUUGGCCGUACUUAUUGUCGCUGCCAUCAUCACUACUAUUGUCGUAACUCACAAGAUGCGUGGUUCGACAAAAAGAAUAUUCACGCCAUCAGAUAUGUAUGCUGAAUACCACACAUACCUACAGAACCUUAUUUUCUCUGGUGAUGAAGAUGCGUCUAUCUUAGAUAAUCAAGAGUACCUUCUGCAGAAAUGGCAAGUGCCAAACAACGAACUAUUUGUGGGUGAAAUACUAGGCGAAGGGGAAUUCUCCCAAGUAUUCAAUGGCCACAUACAAUGGAAACAGACACAGAUGCUGUAUGUGGCUGUAAAAAUGCUGAAAGAUCCUAAGAACCUGCAGUCACAGAAGGAUUUGCUGGCGGAGUUCCAAACCCUCUCCGAACUCUGUCCCCACCCAAAUGUGGUGCAGCUCAUAGGCGUGUGCAACAGGAGGUUUGGAAACGAUGACUACCGGUGUCUGGUUAUGGAAAACAUGGCUGGCGGUAACCUGAAAACAUUGCUGCAGGACAUUAAAGAUGGCAGGGAGUUGUCUGUAAAACCUAAGAACGUGUCUCGUAUUGUGGUGGACAUUUUGGCAGCUAUGAAACAUUUAGAGGAGAAAAAGGUGGUGCAUAGAGAUUUAGCCGCGCGAAAUGUUUUAUUGACCUCUGACCUGAGAGCAAAAAUUGGAGACUUCGGACUGUCCCGAGACACCUACCUCUGUGGCAACUACAGAAUGGCUGACAGCCACGGAAAGAGGUUGCCUUGGUAUUGGAUGGCCAUUGAAUCCAUGGAGAACGGAGAGUUUACAUCAAAGUCAGAUGUUUGGGCUUUUGGUAUCCUAUUGUGGGAGAUUGGCGCGCUAGGAUCUCUGCCGUAUCCGGGGGUUGAUCCGGUGGACCUACUUGUUCUGUUAAACAAGGGAUACCGGAUGCAAAAACCGAUUUGCACAUCAAAUGAAUGGUUCGCAAUUAUGAUGGAGUGCUGGGGAAAAAAUCCAGACGGAAGACCAGCAUUUAGCAGCCUUUAUCAUCAUUUCAAAGAAAUGCAUUCAUCCAAAAAAGGAUUUCCGUAUCUGCCUAUGAGUUCUCCGCAACAGAUUGAAAACUCUUACCUUACCAUUUUGCCAGAGUGAAUAGUCUCCAAAAUGGAGGAGUCACGCAAAAUUUGAUGUAACGUGACUGAUAUAAUUAAAAAAAAACAUUCAAAAAAUAAUUGCAAAAUAAUGCAAUACUAAUUUUUUUAUUAUGUGUAAAAAGUAUAUAAUUGCAUGGCAAAUAAUGAAUGAUCUAUAAAUACAUAUUAAAUUAUGUACAUGUAUAAACAUACUGUAUUUCAAUAUUUAAUACCCCAUGAGCAAAUUAAUCCAAUAAUUAGCAAUAUAUCUUAUUAUUGUUUUGAAUUAAUUGUACAGAAAUAGGUGGGCACAGUAUAAAAAUACCUGGUGACGUCACUUGUAUGCAUGUGCUAUUGUAUUAAGAUAAAACUGAAUUAUCACUAAUUGUGUUUUGCUUUAAAGAGCCAGAUUAAUUUUGCUUUUUUCCCUACACUGUG